GUCUUUACUAAGUUCAUUAUUGUGCUGUGGCGGUAAGUCCUAACAUGUCUCAGUUUGUCAUACAGUCGAAUAAUUUAGCCGAAUACCUUAAAUAUAAAUUAUGAGCAACUAUUUUGGCAGCGGGAAUACUCCUCACAACAUUAGGAUAUCUACUGUAGUCGUUAAUGUACUUUAACGUUUAUUAUUUUCGGGAAAAAACACGGAAUGUUAGCAAACAAGAGGGCUUGGAAGAGGUCGUUUUUAGGAGGGUAACGGUGACUUUUACUCCAAAUGUCACAGAAAGACGACUCUGAGGAUGACAUUUGGGAGUAUAAACCUCUUGAGAAGAAAAAGAAGAGAACCGAAUCAGCAAUUGUGACUAAAAGAUGUACUGUCAGAAAAAAAUCCAAAAGAGACCCUUCUUUCCCCCUCAAGUCACCUGACAAGAAAGUGAAGAAGACAGCUGAGAGAGGAGAGUGCAGUUCUGUUGUUAACGGACAUGGCGCUUCAGAGACAGAUAAUAAACCCUCAAAGUCAUCUACUACUACUGACACAGAGCCAACAGACGAUGCUGCUGCCGAGGGACCAACCUCUGGAGACUUCUGCCCCAUGUGUCAGAUGCCCUUUUCCAUUUUGGUGGUACAGACUCAAAGAUGGCAUGUUGCUGAAUGUCUUGACACCCCCAGGGACACAUGCAAAGAAUGUCCAGACGGCCUCCAGUGCUUCUCCACCAUUCCAAACCAUUACAAGAAAUUCAACCACUCUUUCCUGGCCCAUAGUCGAGCAAACGGUGACACAGUCCUCCUCAGUUUGUCCCAGCAGGCAGAGACCAGCGGGAACACCAGUUGUCCCCCAGGACUGAUAAACAAUGAGGUGGAUGACCCUUUUUUAGAGAGUUCACAGGAUAGUGCUGUCAGUCUUUCUGCUGUAUCCAAUCAUAGUGUCUCCCCUCAAAGUAGUCUCACUGGAACACCUCCGUCUAAGCUUACAAAUGGACUUCUAUUACUGCGCUCACCUGGACCGGAGGAUUUUAAGAAAAAGAAAGGCUGGUCAUCAGCUACUAAAAGCCGAAAGUCUCUCAGUUCCUCACAAGAAAGUAGAACAGAGCUUUCAUCCACUCCUGUCAAGGCAGAGAAAGAAAGACAAGUUUCACCCAAAAGUGAACCUUUCCCUGACAUCGAUGAUGCAAUAUCAUAUUCUCCUCUUUCUGAGUUCCCUGCAGAGACUGAAGUCAAUAGUAGUGAAUGUCGGAAAGCCCUUUUUAAUAAUGAUGCGUUUGAAAAUGAUGAUGAAAAGUCAAUGGUGCUGUUCAGUGAUGGUUUCUCAAGUGAAGAUGAGCUCCUCUCUGAAUUUAUAGAUAAUUUAGAAACCAAUAAUGUGCAGGCAAAGGAGCCUGCUUCCUUAAACACCCAGCUGGAGUCAGUUACCUCACCGACGCCCACUAAUCAGCUAGCUGCCUCUGCAGGUGCUCAUUUCACAGGUGAAAAAAAGGCUCACGGUCAAUCUACCAGUGCCAUCAGUUCAUGUAAAAGCAGCAUUCAGUCCCCUCAAAGUAUUGUUUUAGAGCGCCUGAAAGAAACUCUUUUAAGCUCAGAUUUGAAAAGCUUGAAUGACAGCAGUAUUCCAGUGCCUUCACAAACCUCUAUUGUCCAAAGAUCUCAAACAAUGCCUCCACAGAAGGGCCAGAGCAAGGCAGGUCAGGCUUCCUGUCUGAAGCAGACUGACAUCGGAGUGUUUUUUGGCCUCAAACCCCUCAAAGAGAAGGUGAAAGUGGCUGAAAGUGGACCAAAUGAACUCAACACUACCUCUCUUGGUGAGAACUCAGGUCGGAGACGACAAAGAAUGGACAGGCAAAGAAAAAGUAAGGCUGACACAACUGCGGAUACUGCACAGGGCUCAGUGGCUGUAGGUAAUGUGGUGGAUGCUCAGGGAGAAGCUGGGAAAGGUAAAGCGAGAGGAUGGAGAGGAAGACGAUGGAACAGAGGGAACGCUGAUGGAGAAGUGGAGCCACGGCGUUGUCCCUUCUACAAGAAGAUUCCUGGCACAAAGUUCGUCAUAGACGCCUUUCAGUAUGGAGAGAUCGAGGGCAUCACUGCCUACUUCCUAACACAUUUCCACUCCGACCACUAUGGAGGGUUGACCAAAAAAUUCACAUUUCCAAUCUACUGUAACAAAAUUACAGGGAACCUUGUGAAGAGCAAGUUGAAGGUGGCAGAGCAGCAUGUCAACAUCCUCCCCAUGAACACCCAGGUCACUGUGGAGGGAGUCGAGGUCAUCCUCCUGGAAGCCAACCAUUGUCCCGGAGCUGCCAUGCUGCUGUUCUUCCUGCCUGAUGGACAGACAGUCCUCCACACCGGAGACUUCAGAGCUGAUCCCUCAAUGGAGACCUACCCGGAGUUACUAAGCUGCAGGGUGCAAACACUAUACUUGGACACCACCUACUGCAGCCCUGAGUACACCUUCCCCAGACAGCAAGAAGUCAUCAACUUUGCAGCCAGCACAGCGUUUGAACUGGUGACACUCAACCCACGGACACUUGUGGUGUGUGGAUCCUACUCUGUGGGAAAAGAGAAGGUGUUUCUGGCACUGGCAGAGGUCCUGGGGUCUAAAGUGUGCCUCUCUAGAGACAAAUACAACACCAUGUGCUGUCUGGAAUCGGAGCAAGUUAGACAACGUAUAACCACCGACUGGAAGGCAGCCCAGGUCCAUGUGCUGCCCAUGAUGCAGCUCUCCUUCAAAAAACUGCAGGAUCACCUGGCACGCUUCUCAGACCGAUAUGAUCAGCUGGUGGCCUUCAAGCCCACAGGCUGGACCUUCAGCCAGCAGAUGGAUUCAGUGGCAGAUAUUCAGCCUCAGACCAGUGGCAACAUCUCUAUCUAUGGAAUACCAUACAGUGAACACAGCAGCUUUCUGGAGUUGAAGCGUUUCGUCCAGUGGCUUCAGCCCCUGAAGAUCAUACCGACGGUCAACGUUGGCAACUGGGCUAGCAGGAAGGCCAUGGAGAAGUGCUUCAGUGAGUGGCUCAUGGAAACCAGAGCUAAACUGUAGCUGAAAUAGAGGUAAUCUUGACUGAACUCAAAAUCUCUCAGCUGCUCGCUUGUUUGUGGGAUGAACAAUUCAUUCUCAAUGCCGUAUGGCCAUGGGGAACAAACAUAUUUUAACACUACUCACUGUAUUACUUUUAUUGAAGUUACUUCAGACUGCUGUGCUCAUAAAACUAGCAUUUCAUUGCAGAGCAAGUUGAACAUGGACUGUCAUCACAUCUAUAAAAAAAGGUCAAGUAUUAGCUCUUAAACCAACUUACUCUGCUUUUAUGAAUAAAAAUAACUGAACUCUGAAAACUGCUUUUAUAAACAUGAUCUGAGAUCGUACAUGUAUCAUGUCCAAUUACACCUGUGUCACCUAGAAGUAUUAUACAAUAGAACUGAAUGAACCGCUUUGAAACUGUGCAAUUUCAUAAUUACCUGCAUUUUUUGUCUCUAUUUAAAUUUUUAUGCUGGAAAAUAAUAAAUGUUUUAGACGUUCUCAUA